AUGGUGCGUCAGCUCCACGAUGACAUGACGGCGCGCGCCACGGACAAUGGAGUCGUAUCAAGGGCAUUUGCAGUGACCAACGGAGUGAAGCAGGGUUGCGUCCUCGAGACUACCCUCUUCAAUCUCAUGUUUUCUGCCAUGCUAAUGGGCGCUUACCGUGAUGAACGCCCGGGAAUCCGCGUUGCCUACGGGACGGACGGCCACCUUCUCAAUCAGCGGCGGAUACACUUCCAAACGCUUGUGUCCGCAAAUUCUGUCCAUGAACUCCUCUUCGUCGAUGACUGCGCUCUCAACGCCACCUCUGAAUGGCCGUGGACAAUUUCACCUACCUGA